GGAGAAAGAGAAGGAGGCCGGGCCAGGCUGGGGCUCAGCCUUGGGGGCCCUCCUUUGAAACGGACUAAUUGGGGAGGGAGGACACAAAGGGAAGCGGACGGCGCCGGGAGAGCCGCGCUGCGAGGAAGAGUUCCCGCUGGGUGAGUGGAGCCCCCCCCCCCCCCUCCCGGAGAAAGAAAGAAAGAAGAAAGAAAAAAGUCCUUGGAAAGUUUUCCCCGAAGGGAGUGACAGAUCCCAGCUCGUCCUGGGGAGGAGAGGAGGCCAUCGCCAGAGCCAUGCGCCUCCACCACGACGCCUCCUUGGCCCGCAGCCCUCUCGUCUUCUUCUUCCUCCUCCUGCUGCUUUGCUCCUGCUGGGCCCAGUUCCAUGGGGAGAAGGGCAUCUCCAUCCCUGACCACGGCUUCUGCCAGCCCAUCUCCAUCCCCUUGUGCACCGACAUCGCCUACAACCAGACCAUCAUGCCCAACUUGCUGGGCCACACCAGCCAAGAGGACGCCGGCUUGGAGGUCCACCAGUUCUACCCGCUGGUGAAGGUCCAGUGCUCUCCCGAGCUCAAGUUCUUCCUGUGCUCCAUGUACGCCCCGGUGUGCACCGUCUUGGAGCAGGCCAUCCCGCCCUGCCGCUCCAUCUGCGAACGGGCCCGGCAGGGUUGCGAAGCCCUCAUGAACAAGUUUGGCUUCCAGUGGCCCGAACGGCUGCGUUGCGAGAACUUCCCCCGCCACGGCACCGAGCAGAUCUGCGUGGGGCAGAACCACUCCGAGGAAGGGGCCUCGCCGGCCUUGGUCACCAGCGCCACCCCCAUCGCCGGGCACGGGACCGUUGGCCCACCACGUUACGCCACCCUGGACCACCCGUUCCACUGCCCGCGGGUCCUCAAAGUGCCCACGUACCUCAACUACAAGUUCCUGGGAGAGAAAGACUGUGCGGCACCUUGUGAGCCAGCCAAGAGCGAUGGGCACAUGUUCUUCAACCAGGAGGAGAUCCGCUUUGCCCGCAUCUGGAUCCUCAUCUGGUCUGUGCUGUGCUGCGCCUCCACGUUCUUCACCGUCACCACCUACUUGGUGGACAUGCAGCGCUUCCGCUACCCAGAACGGCCCAUCAUUUUUCUCUCCGGCUGCUACACUAUGGUCUCCGUGGCCUACAUUGCUGGAUUUGUCCUGGAGGAGCGGGUGGUGUGCAACGAACGCUUCCAAGACGACGGCUACCGCACCGUGGUGCAAGGCACCAAAAAGGAAGGCUGCACCAUCCUCUUCAUGAUGCUGUACUUCUUCAGUAUGGCCAGCUCCAUUUGGUGGGUCAUUUUGUCCCUCACGUGGUUCCUCGCUGCUGGCAUGAAGUGGGGCCAUGAAGCCAUUGAGGCCAACUCGCAGUACUUCCACUUAGCAGCCUGGGCCGUGCCGGCGGUCAAGACGAUCACCAUCCUGGCCAUGGGGCAGAUUGAUGGCGACCUUCUCAGCGGUGUCUGCUUUGUGGGCCUCAACAACAUCGACCCGCUUCGGGGCUUUGUUUUGGCCCCACUCUUUGUCUACCUCUUCAUUGGCACGUCCUUCCUCUUGGCAGGCUUCGUGUCGCUUUUCCGCAUCCGCACCAUCAUGAAGCACGGUGGCACCAAGACGGAGAAGCUGGAGCGCCUCAUGGUGCGCAUUGGGGUCUUCAGCGUCCUCUACACGGUCCCGGCGACCAUUGUCAUUGCCUGCUACUUCUACGAGCAGGCCUUCCGCGAGCACUGGGAGCGGAGCUGGAUUAGCCAGAACUGCAAGAGUUUGGCCAUUCCCUGCCCACUCCAGUACACGCCACGCAUGACCCCAGACUUCACCGUCUACAUGAUCAAGUAUCUGAUGACUCUCAUUGUGGGCAUCACUUCAGGCUUCUGGAUCUGGUCAGGAAAAACCCUUCACUCCUGGAGGAAAUUCUACACCAGGCUAACUAACAGCAAACAUGGAGAGACUACCGUUUGAACAGAGAGAAGGGAGGGACUGGAGAGUGGAGGAGAGCCCAAAUUGCCACCUCAAAAAGUUUCACACAAACAGUUGAACCAACACAAUCAAGAGGUGCUUCCCUUCAGGAGCUACAUGAGGGGCUGCUUGGUCUUUGGGGAGUCUCUCUGUGAAUUUUGGGGAGCGAGGAGUUUCUGUCCUGCCGGGUUGGGACUUCCUCUGACAAUCUGGAGAGAAACCAUGGAGGUACAGAAGGAGGGAGGGGAACCGAAGUAUUUAAAACCGUCUCCUUGAAUUAAAACACAAUCUAAACCUUUUUUUUUGUUUUAGGUUUUUAUUAACUAUUAAAGGGUGUCAUUUUGUAAUUAAAACUGUAAAUAGCAUUUGUAAAUUUAAUUAUAUAUUUCUAUUUAAAAAGAGAGAGCGAGAAAAAACACCAGCAAGGAUGCAGAAAUCUUCGAAGAGGGUCGGAGAAAGGAAAGUGGGUUUUUUUCCUCCCCCUCCUCCUUCUUUGGGGGCUACAUUUUUUCCCUUUGACUCUGCCAUACCCUCCCCUCUAUAUGGAGCCAAGAGGACUGCGUGCUGUUUGGGUUGGCCCUUCACAGGACUUUUUUGGCUGAAGCUUUUCAUAUGAGCCAGGUUUGAAAUCACUCCCUCCCUCCCUCUCCAACCCCUGCAGAAACACAUCUCCAACAACUUCCCUUUGGAGACUUACAGUUUUUUGGUACGAUUCCAAAAGGACUUCUCCCAUCUCGCUCAUUUUUUCCUCUCCACUUUGGAAGGUUUGCAAGUAAUGUUCUGUAUUGAUAAAAAUACAUUUGAAAGUAGAGGGUGGGGAUGUGAGCCCACUCUUUGCUAACAUUUGGGCCUUGGCCUUCAUGUGAGGAUCUCCUUGUGGUUAUGUCUCCUAAAGAAUGGUUACCUCCAACCAAGGUUUUCAUUUGCCUUAAGCUGCAGAAGCCUUUUUCUGUCGCGUUUGUACAUUUCUAUUUUGUUUCCUAGAUGUUUUGUACAAAAGGUGUCUUUUUAAAAACUACAUUUCCUUUAUUAAACAGAUUUGUUCUUUGCA